UGAAUCAAUCCUACAAUUACGUCAUUCCUUGGUGUCACAUGACAAAACAGGAAAAGGAAGACGAGACCCAUUGAGACCGAGAAACAACCCUGCUGCUAAAACUUAAUCCGAAAAAAUCAGCGCGAAGGAAGUAUGGAGGAUGAUGAACUUCCGCCAGAGGAUGGGAUGGGUGGGCAUGGCUCUCUACCUGCUGCUCAGCAUCUUGGCAACAUACUACAUCUUUGAGGUCCAUAGUUUCAGCUUGGAGCCUGUGCAAAGAGGUGAUAACAGCCCCUCGGCUCUGCCCCUUGCUGUCACGGCACGGCUGCCAUUACUUCCGGUGUGGAUGUGGGUGUCAGUCUUCCUGCUGCCAUACCUGCAGCUCUUCCUCUUCCUCUUCUCGUGUACUAGGGCUGACCCCCGAGCUGUUGGCUACUGCAUUGUUCCUGUCUGCAUUGCCCUGCUGUGCAGCCGACGCCACACUGCCAAAGUGUCUGAACACAGAGCUGGGUCGCUGAUCGACACGUGAAGAACAGUGAAUCAGAGAGCCUCCUUGACAGUUGGAGGGGUAGGACCCCAGCACAACGAGGCUGUAAACAAAUUACGUUUGUCUUGAUGUUUGUGAUGUCGUUUCCUGUGUGCCUUUUAAUCAUUAAAUAAACACUCCUAAGGACUUAAACUUUGUCUAUCGGGAGCUGUGCUCAACACUGACUGCUGGAACCAUCAGCACUGACCUAAGUGGAUCAUCAGUUUUUCCAACUGUUCAUUGAUGCAGAUCUUACAGCCUGUAGCGGUCAAUCAUAUUGUGUGUGGGUUUUUUUUUUUAAUUUAUUGUGACAACAGAGCGGAUCCUGUACUGUUAUCGGUUGCCUUCUGCUCUGUUUUCAUAGUGUGCGUUUCAUUAGGUAGCUGCAAAUUCAAGCGUCAGAACCAAUAUCAUGUUUUCCUACUUUUAGAAAUUUACAAAAGAGAUUAAAUUGCUUUCCUCACAGCUGCCAGCCUAACAGAGCAGGAUUCUCUGAUUGUGGCACUUUUCUGUAUUUAAUAACACGAGUAACAUGACACACUGGUUAUCACAACAACUUUAAUACAUUAAUAAAAUGGGGAGAAUAACUA